CUAAACGAUGUUCACGUUCCGCUAAUCCUUAUUAAUCGUUCCGACUUUUAGGAAAUCCGCCAACGAGAUGACGAGUGAUAAGAUCGAGAAGGAGGUCCGGCUGGUGCUGUUCCUCGCCCGGUUACGCUUUCCACGCUAUCCAGGCUACUUCUUCCCGGUGUACGUGCUGUUGCAGGGAAUCCGGAAACUGCGGUAUGAUUUGAAGCUACGAUCGCUGGAUUUCUGCCUACAGCCCAUACCGAACACCUGGCUCGAGCGGUUACAAACGGAUCAGCUGGUCCACUCCGAGCACACACUGUUCGUGUCGCCGAUGGUCUUCCGGGAGUACGUGGUGGAGCGUGAAAUCAACUGGAUCAACCUCGUGCUGAAGGUAGCGAUGCCGGCCGCUACAAAUGGACCACAGGAGAAAGGCUUAGUUUCGAUGAUCCUCAACAAACAAAGCGUUUCGUUGCUCUGCCAAAUAUGCCCCCUUCCGGGCGUACCAGUUAAUGCGCUGUGGGCGAAAGAGAAUUUGAUCGAAAAUCUACGCGAACGGUACCAGCGCGACGAGAGCCACUCGUUCCGUGGCCGUUUGCAACGCAUCACCGAUGGUCAGCAUCUACCCGAGAUUGUCGCGAAAGCUAACAUCUUCAUCUACCAAACACCGUACGAUCUUAGCUCGGACAUGGUUGAUUACAUCCUCGGACGGUACUUUGAGACACCGCGCCUACUGUACCGUAACCACACCUACCAGGUGCCGCUGACGGAGCGUUUCCUGGGCAACACCUUCUUCACCAAGCACUUUGCCAUUUUGGCGCACAUGAAGGCCCUUUGGUUCAAAUGCUUGAAUCUGGAUUCGACGGCCGGUACGUUCGAGAUGAGCGGCAUCGCUUGUAAAGGUCUCACGACGCUGCAGCAGACAACGACCUAUAACAACUUCCUGCUACCCGAGCGCCUCGAUGCAACUGCCCGCCGACCACGCUGUCCGUACGGGUUGCGCAAACAUUUCGAAUCGCUGCACUCCUCGCUCCGUGCCUAUCUGCGGAUGGAGGGAAACGCACUGAUCCGGAAUGGUAUCUGGCCCGUAUUUAUGCUGCGCGGUGAACGAGGGAUCGGAAAGCGUGCCGUCCUGAAUGCCGUCGCCAGUACGCUCGGUAUUCCAAUCUACACGGCGGAUUGCAGCGAGAUCAUGACCUCGAUUAGCUCGCAGACGGAAACGAAACUAAGUAGCGCCUUCGGUAAGGCCAAAGUCUGCGAACCGUUGAUCAUUUGCUUGGAAAACUUCGAAGUGUUUGGCGUCGAUAAUGAGGGCAACGAGGAUCAGCGGAUUACGGGAUCGUUUCAGGCCGAACUGGCGGCUCUCUUUGGACGCCAGUACAACCAUCCCGUGGUGGUCGUUGCGCUAGCGAACCAGAAAGAAUCAAACACACCCAAACUUACGUCGCUGUUUCUGGAGGUGAUCACCUUUCAACCACCGACCGCUUCGGAGCGGCUGGGUAUGCUACGCUGGAUUGCCCUCGCCCAGAGCCACCGCUUACCCGGGAGCGGUCUGUCUAAGAUUGCUGAGCAAAGCCAAGGGUUUACCUUGUCCGAUUUGGAGCUACUUUACGGGAAUGCCCUAGACACGUGGCGCCAAUCCGGCGAUGAACGCUUGCAGCUGGCACACUUUGAGACCUGUCUCGAACAAAUGCAAUCUUCCUUCUCCGAUAGCCUCGGUGCACCGCGGGUACCGCGAGUACUGUGGUCGGAAAUUGGUGGGCUGGCCAAGCUGAAGUCGGAAAUACAAAACUCGAUCGGGCUCCCGUUACGCCAUAAGCAUCUGCUGGGACGAAACAUGCGGCGUUCCGGCAUUCUCCUGUACGGUCCACCGGGUACCGGUAAAACGUUGAUAGCGAAAGCGGUCGCCACCGAGUGCAACCUGAGCUUCCUGUCCGUGCAGGGCCCGGAACUGCUGAACAUGUACGUCGGCCAGAGUGAGCAGAAUGUGCGGGAAGUGUUCGAUCGAGCACGGACUGCUUCACCGUGCGUCCUGUUUCUGGACGAACUGGACUCGUUGGCCCCGAACCGAGGGGUGAGCGGUGAUUCGGGCGGUGUAAUGGAUCGUGUCGUUUCGCAGAUGUUGAGCGAGAUGGAUGGCAUUUCGAAAGAUCCGGCUCAGCAAAUCUUCAUACUGGCUGCAACCAAUCGACCGGAUCUAAUCGAUCCGGCACUGUUGCGACCGGGACGGUUCGAUAAACUGCUGUACGUGGGACCGAGCAGCACGGUAGAGGAGAAGGAAAGUGUGCUGCAGGCGGUGACAGGACGAUUCCGGUUGGCGGCCGAUCUUACACUCAAGAAAAUUGCCGAAAGCCUACGCCAGGACAUGACGGGAGCGGACAUGUACUCGAUCUGUUCGAACGCUUGGCUAAGUGCAGUCCGGCGUACGGUGAAGGAAGCGAUCGCUGGAGAUGCCAUCGAUGAAGGCCUAGGUGCGGAUCAGGUGGUCGUCGGUGAAGAAGACUUCCGGGAAGCGAUAAAAAAAUUCAUCCCUUCGAUCAGUCCCACGGAUAUGGCGUACUUCAAUCGGUUGAAGGGAAAUUUCGGAACGUAACAGAGCUGAAAGAGCUUACAAACGGGUUACCAUCUUGUGCGGAUGGGGGUUAGUGACUCUGGUGAUCGGGAAUUCCUGCUGGUAUAUUCAUGGAACAGGCGUUGUUAUGUAGUUGUAGUAGGUUAAUAAAGUCGAAAACAUUCGCAGGCUAAGUCAUGUGUGCGAGGCAAACGCAGCAAGCUUGUUGCAAACAC